AUUCCCUAGUUCAUUUCGCGAGCUCGCGGCGAUAGGACGUGCAUUUCGCUCCUGAAUUUCAUGAAAACGUGCGACCCGGGAGUGUUUUUUCUACCGGUAUCUUAAUGAAAAAUUGAUGAAUACGCGCCUUUAACGAUCUCUUUCGUAACUGUGUAGUGGGUCGAAUGAAUUUGUAGGACUGUGAAAGGGUGGCGAUGUUACGGGAUGCUGUCGCUUUGAUACAACGAGAACGAAUGAAAUGAUCGCAAAUUGUAGAUAAUGAUUGACUGUACACAUCUAUGAUGUUGCUGAACACAUUAUUGUUGUUGCUGCCGCUUUUGGCGGUUGCGGCGGCUGCGGAAGAUGGAUGCAAUCCUGACAAGAUGACGGUCUACCGAAUGGUACUGCACACUUAUUGGACGAGAGAGAAGUUCCCGAAGCACUACCCGGACUGGAGACCUCCGGCGCAGUGGUCACGAAUCUAUGGUGUAUCACACAAUCGUCAGUACGUAUUAUUCCGUCUGGGUCGUCGUGUGUCGCCACCAGUACGACAGUUCGCGGAGUCGGGUCACUCGGAAGCACUCAGCUCGGGCCCCGGGACAAUGGACGUGUUCACUGCACCCGCGAUAUCACAAGGCGCGGGUCGUACUGAAGCGGAGUUCUUCGUCGAUGGAAAUCACUCUAGGGUGUCAGUGAUGACAAAAAUGAUCCCGUCUCCCGACUGGUUCAUAGGCGUGGACAGCUUCGAUCUGUGCGUUGAUGGUAAUUGGCUCGACAGCAUCACUAUUGAAGUGGACCCUGUAGACGCGGGCACGGACAAUGGCUUCACAUUCACCGCCCCCAACUGGCCGACCGCGCCGCAGGGGGUCGCCUACCGCAUCACAUCAAAGUACCCCUCCCACCCCGCAGGCUCAUUCUUCUACCCCCAUCUGAGAAGACUGCCCCCUAUCGCUACCUUCCAAUUCAUUAAACUACGAGAAUACGAACUCUCAGAAGUGUUCCACCGAGAGAAUGACGACCGAAAAUACGAUGUUCUACAAUUAGACAAACACAACCACAAUAACAUCGAUGUGUUGGACGGAAAUAGGGCGCUCGCCAUAGCUGAGGAAGUGGAGAGAGCUGAACAAGCGCCAAGGAUAUAUUCCGAAGGCUCAAUGACGACAGUUGAUAGCGCUUAUUCGUUUUAUUCUCUUACGAAUACAACAGCGAGCACAACUGAAGAGCCACGAUCAGCUAAUGAACUGCCUACAUCUGGCCCAACGGCCAGCGAGAGGUCUGCUCUGCGCAGUCUGGCACGGCGGUACCGAGCGCGCCGGCGACGCAAGCUGCGUGCUGACAACACGGACCCUGCUGAGAGGAGGAAGCGGAAAAGAGCUAGGCUCCUAGACUGCCGUGUAUCGGACUGGGGCGAGUGGAGUCCAUGCCGCAGUGAUGGCGGGUGUGUGGGCUCUGCGCUACGGACGAGGCGCAUCAUCCGACGACAGCGGCCCGGCGGCACGCCCUGUCCCCCCACAGCGCAGUCCCGCUGGUGCGCUACAAACUGCACAGCCCACGAAGACUGGCACAACAAUCUCACAUGAACCUAAUACCCUUAGAUUUUUUUUAAUUCUUCAAUCGUUUCGUAUCUUCAUAUCUUUUUUAAAACCAGCAGGUAUUUUACUAUAAAUAUUUAUCGACUGAAGUUCUUUCGGAUUCCAAAAUUGUUUUAGUAAAAUUUCUUCUUGACCCGCUCUUUUUAACAAGUUUCUUAGCGUCUGUCUGUCCGUCCAAAUUUUUUCUUUUGAUUCCAUUCAAUGUUUAUUCGACCUUUGCGUGUAAAAUGAUGUGUAAAAAAAUCAUCAAUUUUCUGUGUAAAAAUACUUUAGUAAGAUGACUGUUGAUGUUCAGGUUAACAAUUUUAGAUUUAAUUGCAUGAUUUGCUGCUGUUUAUAAGAGCUUCUUUUUGUACUUCAUUUCUUUGUCGUCGAUUAAACUAUCUUGGGAGUUAAUUUGAUCCUUUACAGAAAAUAUUUAACUAGAUCAAACUGAUUUAUUCCCUUAACAGUUAAACUUAACAGAAUUAUUUUAUACCCACCCUUAAUUAAGUAAAUAGGUUAACUUUAGAUUAGUUGCGUAAGAUAGCAGCCGUACUAAAAUUUAUUUUUUCAAUGCUAGUUUUUUAUUUAUACAAAAAUUAUGCUCUAGUACAAAAAAUAUCGUGUCUUAUGCUAUAAAAAAAAAUACUCACUUGAAUUAUCUUCCGGAUUUACGACCUGUCCCAAUAAAUUAUACAUUGUCUGAUAACAAUCCAAAGUGUAAAAUAUGUGAUGGAAUCGGAUUGUUACCUUAUCUGACAGUGACGUCAUUUUUAAGCUAUCUGUGCCUCUAUCAGUCACUUGUGGGACAGGCGCUUAGUAUUAUAAUUGCUUGUUGAAGUGUAAAAUGUGACCAUAAAUGUAUUAAAUACUGUUUAAAGAUAAAAUAUUCAUAAAGCUGUCUUUUUUUUUCUAUCUCUCGAUUAACCUCGUGAGGUUGGUCAAUUACUAGUGUAUUAUCUCAAUAGUGACAUACAUAUCGUUUACUUAAGAACUAUGUGACAGUAAUUCAAUAAUGUAGUAUUGAUUUAGGAAAUUCGAAUCCAAAGAAGCAGCUUUUAUUUUUAAUACAAUAAGUGUAUAAAUAGGUUAGUUAUAAAGAUAAAAUUAAUUCAAAUCUCUUGAUGCUUUCGUGUAAGUCGACAAUUUUUGUUCUUUAACGUUUAGAAUUUUUACUUAAAUAAAGUAAGCAUGAAGUACGUAUUUUCAUGAAAUAAUUACCAUAAAUUCAAAUUGAGUUUUACUCAAUACAUUCUGUAAAAAAAAAUUAAGAAAAUCAACAACUAUGCCAAGUUUGAAAAGAGAAUGAAUUUCAUUUUGAAAUACUUCCUUUUUUUCUAACAUUUACCAAGUUGCUUUAUUGAAAUAAUAAUUAAAAUUAUCUCAAGAGUGUCAUCUAUUUCAUAAGAUAACUUGUAGUUUAUAAAAAGAUUCCAAAUUCAAAAAUGCAGCCAAAAACGUUGAAUUAGAAUAAUUUAAGUAUUGUGUAUUUUUUACAAUGUAAAUUAUCUUGAUUUCAAUAAAAAAACUAAAUAACAC